CGCCAAGGAGAUGGAACAGCACUUGACCAGGCUGGAGGGCUGCUCAGUAAAUAAAGCCGCCUUCCUUUCGGCUGCGAGGCUUUGCUUUUUUAACUUCCCGGUGACACUGGGGUUGAAGGGUUUCCGGCCGGAGGACAUUAGAUGGGACAUCCGGAAGGCGGAAGUCCUAGGGCGGAAGUGGCCGAGAGGAACGGAGAAUGGCGGCCGAAGGCUGGAUUUGGCGCUGGGGCUGGGGCCGGCGGUGCCCGGGGAGGCCUGGGCUUCCCGGCCCCGGCCCUGGCCCCACUGCACCUCUACUUCUUUUCCUGUUGUUGGGGCCGGUUGUUGCGGAUAUAACUGACGGCAACAGUGAACACCUCAAGCGGGAGCAUUCGCUUAUCAAGCCUUACCAAGGGGUCGGUUCCAGCUCCAUGCCCCUCUGGGACUUCCAAGGCAGCACUAUACUCACGAGCCAGUACGUGCGUUUGACCCCUGAUGAGCGCAGCAAAGAGGGCUCUAUCUGGAACCACCAGCCUUGCUUCCUCAAGGACUGGGAGAUGCAUGUCCACUUUAAAGUCCAUGGUGCAGGGAAGAAGAAUCUCCAUGGAGAUGGCAUUGCCUUGUGGUACACCCGGGACCGCCUUGUGCCAGGUAGGGAGGCGCUUGUUUAGG